GCCAAGACCAUUCCCAACUGGGAGAGGGCGCCCUGGCUGGAGCAGAUCUACUGCCGGGAGGCUCUGCGGGACACGGACACCCCCCGGCUCCUCACCACCCACAUGCCUGCACGUGUCCUGGCCCCUGCCCUGCAGCGCAGCAAGGCCAAGGUGAUCUAUGUGGCCAGGAACCCCAAGGACGUUGCUGUCUCCUUCUACCACUUCCACAACCUGGCCAAGUUCCUGCCAGACCCUGGCUCCUUUGAUACCUUCCUCACGCGGUUCCUUGAGGGCACAGUGCACUAUGGCUCCUGGUUUGACCACAUCAAGGGCUGGCUGGGCCAGCGGCACCUCCUGAACAUCCUCUACAUCACCUAUGAGGAGCUGCACCAGGACCUGCGUGGCUCAGCACAGCGCCUCAGCACCUUCCUGGGGUGCCCCUUGGCACCAGAAACACUUGCAGCUCUGGAGCAACACUGCAGCUUUGCUGCAAUGAGGGACAACGUCAUGGCCAACUACUCCCUCAUUCCCCCCGAGAUCAUGGACCACAGCCAGGGUCGCUUCAUGCGUAAAGGUGUGGUAGGUGACUGGCGUGACCACUUCUCCCCCCAGCAAAACGCCCUCUUCAACCAGAUCUAUCAGGAGGAGAUGGAGGACACAGAGCUGCCCACACAGUGGCCCAUGGACUGA